CUCAACAGGAUUUUCCAAAAAUAAUUCGUUAAUUAGAAAGAAAUCAUACUAUGCAAUAUCUAAAUAAACAUUUGGAUAUUUCAUUCAUUGAAGAAAUGUUUAUUCCAUCUUCAUCUAUCAACAACGACAAGAAUUGUAUUUUGUUUGUUUUUUUUUCGAAAAAUAAAAAUCCCACAAUGAUGAUUAAAAUUCAUAAUCGUGUUAAGAUUAAUUCAUCAAUAGCCAUUUUCUUAUUUUUGGUCUCCUCGUUAUCGAUAACUAUGGCACAAUCGAAUGAUUUAUUCUCAAUGAUACGAAAUUUUGAUCGAUAUAUUCCAGUGUUUGGUUCUUGUGAUCGAAUUGUUUAUGCUGGAGUAGCUAAUUGUAUGAGCAAUUUUGGCCCAUCAAGAUUUUCGAAAGGAAGCUGCUGUGCUUCUCGAAAAUAUCGUGCCUGUAUACAAGGACUUAAAGAUGGUCAUAGUUUUGCCGUUGCACGUGAUCGUUGUCCACCACGUUCAUUAUCGAUGCCAGUCGUAUGGGCUGUAUCUGAUCGUUUGAUCGGUUUACCAUUAAGUUCCUGUCCAAAAAAUUCUUGUCGCAGUAAUAAACCAUCACAACGAGGAUAAUGUUUGAUGCAUUAUCUUUUCGGAAUUAAUUUUCAACAGUUUUCUGAUAGAAAUCAUUGAAAUAAAUACACUUUGUAUUUUAUUUACACCUGAUUUUCAAUAA